AUGGCACAACUUGACCAGUUGCUUGAGGAGUAUCUUCGCGUUAUUAACGCGAAGGAUGGCGAAAUCCACGAACUCAUCCGCGUGCUUGAGGAGCUACGGUGUGAAGGGAAGAAGAAGGAUGAGGCUCACAAAUCACAUGCCCAAAAGAUUAGCAACGAGUUAGAUAAAGUUAUGAGGAAGGCGAAGAAGUUGGAACAAAAGAACCGUACAUGCGAAGAUCAGAUAGAUAAACUUGUAAAGGAGAAUGAAGCUUUGAGUAUAGACUUUCAAAAAGUGCAACAUAGUUUAAUGGAUGCCGAAAAGAUCAUAGAGGAAAAUAAGAGAGCGCAUGAGACCGCGCUUGAGGAACUCCAGCAGACUUAUAGCGGUGUGGUCUCCAAAUUUUCGACGGAACGGGAAGAGUUGAAAGCCCAUCAAUCGGAAAUUCAGAAAGAGCUUGAGGAAGCUCUGAAAUCUGUGGAUGAAUGUAGGCUGAAGGAGGAAGAAAUUCGAAAACUGGAAGUGAGGAUUGCCGCGUUAACGCAGUCAGUGGAAGAUGCACGGAGGGAAAUGCAGUCGAUGGUUCCUGCGGAGCGCGUUAAGCAAAUCGUAAGUGAACAUGAAGAGGAGUUGCGCACAGUAAGGAAAGCCUGUGCCGAAGAGUUUGACGAAGUUUCAGCGCAGUUAUCUGAUGCUCAGAAAUCGGGACGCAAAAUGAAAGAAAAACUCAAAGAACUGAAAGAAUCAUAUGGUCAGUUGAAGGACAAGCUGGACGAAACUACUUGCGAGCUGGAAGAAGUUCGCAAACUUCGUCAGAAGGAGCAAGAAACUCACAACGAGGUGCGAUCCAGGCAGCAGGAAGAAAUUGAGCAGGCUAUUCACGCGGCCAAGUCAUCGACAGAGAAGCUGUGUGCCAUGACUGGCCAAUUGCGGCAGUGCGAAGUUGACGCGCAAACUAUGGAGCAGCGAUGGAAGGAAGUGUCGGCGACUCUUGAGCAGGAGCGCAGCCGCAACACACGCGAUCGUGAGCAGAUGAAUUCCCAACUGGAGGCGUCUCAGGCUCAGGUGACGGAAAUCAAGGCGGAGAUGAGUCGGCUGCGCGUCCAACUGGAGCAGGGCGCAACCAAACUGAAGGAAUGCCAAGAUGCUCUUGCUUCGUCUAAAGAAGCGAGCAGCCGAGCAGCUGCGGAUUCGCGAGAGUCAAUUGCACUCAUCGCCUCUGAUCGGGACCGCUUAAAGGAGGACAGGGAUCGGGUGGCCUUUGAGUUAAAGGAAGCUGAACAUCGGCUAAGCAUGGAAAGAGAUCGUGCUUCCGAUGCGAGAAGAGAGUUAUCAAGGCGUCUUGACGAUGCUGCGCACACCAUAGAGCGGAUGCGGGAUCAGCUGAAGGACAAGGAGCAUCAACUGCAACUGUUGUCAACCGCGCAUGAGAAAAAAAUCCAGGAACUCGCAUUUGAGCAUAACAAUAAGUUGGGCGACUGCAAGUCCCAGAAGAAAAAUGCUAUUGAUGAUGUGCGCAGGCAGCUUGAAGCCGCGAAUCUUCGCUUGACCGAAGAAAUGUCGGGUAACAAGGCGCUUCAAUGUGAACUUAACUCCGCCCGUGAGGCACUGGCCAAUGUGCGUGACGAAUGCGAAAGGUGGGCCAAGGAAGCCAAGGAAAGCGCACGGCGACAGGAAGCGGCGACAUCUGAGGCAUCAAGCUUGCGCGCGUCUUUAGCAAAGCAACAGGAGCUCCUUGCGGCUGCCGCUGAGUGUGAGAAAACCCUCUGUAAAGCAGCAGAGCAUGCCAACGCAGAAAAAGAAAUGGAGAUCAAGCGACGUGAGCUCCUUGAACGCACCCUUGAAGACACUAAGAGAGAGGUCGUUGCCAGGCGGGAUGAGGUGCAGGAGCUGCGCACAAGGAUUGAUAAGGAGAAUAACAACACUUUAGCGAAAGAACUUAUGGAAUGCGAGGCAAGGUUCCGCGAGAGCCAGCGCUCCCUUGAGCGGACACAGCGGGAGAUGGUUGAUGUGCAACGUUGUGGGGAAACGCUACAAGCGACCAAUAAGGCGCUUGAAGAAAAAUGUCGAGUGGCCGAGAGGUCCCAGCGGGAGGUUGAAGAGGAGCUUCGUCGGUUAAAAGGCGAAAUUCUGUCGAAGGAGACGGAGUGUGCGCGGGUAGCGCAGCAUGCGCGUGAAGCUGAAGAUGCUGCGAAGCAGAGCUGUGAGCAUAUGGAGCGUGAAAUAACCCAACGUGAGACUACCAUUGCGGCGUUACAACAGGAAAUUUCUGCGCUCUCCGAGGAGCGAACCAAAGUGGCACUGUUGGAAGAACGGAUGCAGCACCAGGUGGAUAUGGCCCGCCGUGACUCAGACAACUUGCAAGCUCGCGUAGAGUUUCUCGAGAGGGAGGUCCAGGAUCGUGAGGAGAAAAUCCAGCAGAAACACAAGGAGAUGUUGCAAACGGUGGAUCGCUUACAAACCCUACAGGAGCGCGCUGUGGAAUUGGAAGAGGCGAUGGCGCCGAAGGAGAAGAAACACACCAUGCGAAAGGAGGCGCUUCGUAAGGCGCUUCAGCAAGUGGAUGAGGUGAACAAGCUCCGGUCAGAACUGGAGCGCCACCUGGAAAAGGUAAAGGCGUCGCGAGAAGAGGAAUCUAGAAUUUACAAAGCACAAAUUCACCAACAGGAUGAACGAAUGAGGGUACUCCUGGAGAAACAUCGGGAAAUGGAGCGCCAACUAGUGGCUCAAGAGAGAGAUCUCAAAGCAGCAGCAAAUGAGCAGAUGACGUUGCAGCAACGGUUGGCGGUGAUACGCGACAGAGAGCAAGUUAACGUUGGUAAGCACAGCGAGGAGCAACAGAAGAUGCAGGAAAAGUUGGAUGCAAUGAGCAGCGAACUCGCGCGUGCGCACGCCACAAUCAAAAGUGUGGAGGAGGAGAAAAACAAUUCAGUGUGUGAAGCGAGUGACGUGCAACGUAGGACGGCGGUAAACUCUAACCGCCUACUUAUCACCUAUGCUGAUGACGCAUUAAUGACCAAAGAGAUGUUUGGUGAGUUUGCCAUUAGCAUCGCCACUCGCCUCUUACGAGGUGUUAAUAGUAUCGCCAACAAGGGGUGUGACAGCGCCCUUUUAUGCAUGAGAGAGUACACUGAAGAGGCUGAGAAGCAGCAACUGAGACUUAAACGUGAGAUUGAUGAUCUAAAAUACGCCCACGCGGAGCGUGUUCGAAAACUUGAGGAGGAGAAUAGUAAGGAAAUGGCAAAACAGGCGCAACAUCACGCUGCAGAGUUGGCAAAACUACGUCAGGAAUUAUCCGAUGCAUCGGCACGUGCAGGCCAAGAGAUAGAAAACCAGCUGAAGGAUUACCGCCGCAAAGAGGAGCAAUUCCACCGUGAGAAGACGGAGUUAGAGUGCGCACGUGUUGAGAUGGCUCAUCAAAUGGGUCAAAUCUCUUCACUCAAGGAUCAGCUUCGGACCCUUGAGCAGCGUAUGGAUACCGAACGUAUUGCUCUUGAGCAGGAGAAACGCGUAAUACAACAACAGUACGAUCGGGCUAGUCGGCGCUUGGAUGAGUGCGCAACGGUACAGAGCCAAAGUGAGGUAGAACUGCGUGAGCUCCGGAGCGAACUGACAAAUGCACAACAGGCAUUGCACGAGAAAGAGAAAGCUUUGCUUGUUGAGCGUGAAAAGAAUUCUCAGGCAGUUUACCAACUGGAAGCCGUUAACACUGCGAAGGAGAUGCUGUACACACAAUUAAAUGAUGCAAAUAGGAAAGCGCUUAAUAUAAAGCAGCAGCUGCUGUCUGCUCGGCAGGAGGCACAACAAGCAACUGCAGCAGCUACAGCAGAAAGGCAGAGAUUGGAGGAGCGGAUAUCUGAUCUUGCGAAGGCGGUUAGCGCCCACGACAUGGAGAAUCGCCGCCUUGACGGUCAGAUACGCAGUGAUGAGAAGAAGUUUAUUGCUCUUGAGAGAGAACUGGCGGAAUCUCGCAAGCGGGAGGCGGAGAUGUCCUGUCAACUGCAGGCUCGAAGGUUAGAAAAUUCAUCCCUGAGGGAGCGGUGCGCAAACUUGGAGUCGCUCAAAAAUAUUAAUGACGUUACCCUUGCUGAGACUCGUAUGCGGGAGAAAGAUCUCUUUGAAAAAAUAGAAGAAAUGCGCAGCGCACAACAACUGAUGCAAUUGUGUUUCGACAAGCAGCAGGAACAACUGGAGGCAGGACGACGCAUGCACGAAGAAGACACAGGUACAAACGAGUUCAUGUUUGGAGGUGUCGAUUGA